AUUGGACGUCAACACUGUUACGUAUGAGGAAAUGCACCUUAGAAAAAACGGGACAUCGGGGACAAACUAUUUUCAUGCAUAAUGGCAGCUUCAAGAAAAGUGGGAUCUCUGCGCCUGCCUCCACUGCCCUCGGUGAGCGAGCUGAUAAAGCUGUACAACCUGCGAGCAGAGAAGCAGCUUUCCCAGAACUUUCUGCUCGACCUGAAGCUCACAGACAAGAUAGUUCGUCAGGCGGGCAGUUUAAGGGGCGCCCAUGUUUGUGAGGUGGGUCCCGGUCCUGGUGGUCUCACCCGCUCCAUUCUCAAUGCAGAAGCAGCGGAUGUGUUAGUUGUGGAGAAAGAUUCCCGUUUCAUUCCUGGACUGAAGCUUUUGUCUGAGGUGGCACCAGGCCGGCUCCGGAUUGUUCACGGUGACAUACUCAACUACAGGAUGGAUCGAGGAUUCCCAGCCAGUAUCUCAAAGCCUUGGGAGGAAGACCCACCAAACCUCCACAUCAUCGGGAAUCUACCAUUCAGCGUCUCAACGCCACUCAUCAUCAAGUGGCUGGAAAAUAUAGCUGACAGGACGGGGCCGUUCGCCUUCGGCCGCACACGACUCACCCUCACCUUCCAGAAAGAGGUGGCAGAGAGGUUAACAGCCAGUACCGGCAGUAAACAGAGAAGUCGUCUGUCCAUCAUGGCUCAGUAUCUCUGCACCGUCCACAAGUGCUUCAUCAUCCCUGGGCGAGCAUUUGUUCCCAAGCCAGAGGUGGACGUGGGAGUAGUUCACUUCACCCCUCUGGUCAAGCCUCAGAUUCAACAGCCCUUCAAGCUGGUGGAAAAAGUCGUCAGGAACGUUUUCCAGUUUCGCCGGAAGCACUGCCAUAAAGGAGUAGAAAAGCUGUUUCCAGAGGCGUGCCGUUUGGAGCUGACUCAGCAGAUGAUGCAGAAGGCAGAUGUAGACCCCGUCCUGCGCCCCACCGAGCUCACCAUACCGCAUAUAAAGGCUUUAUCAGAGGCUUACGCUCACCUCUGCACCAAAGACCCCAGCCUCUUUAGCUAUGACUUUAGGGAGGAGCUCAGACUGAGGCACCUAGGGAGGAAUCAACACACUCCAGUUGAUGCAUUUGACGAGAUGCCAAGGGCUCCAAAACCUUGCUGAAAACAAGCAUGAAAACCCAAAAGGAGCUCACUAAUAGCAGAAAGACAACACAUUGCUCUUAGCUUUGACAUUUCCACCUGGCAAAGACAUACAUUUUUAAACAUUUCCUCAGCACCCUAGGAGAAAUAAGUCAUUUGAAACAAAAGUGUUGGAGCUCUAUUCUCCUUCUAUUCGUUUCUGGAAAGGGAAAGAAAGCAGCUAGUUACCCACAGUAGCUCCCAGCAAGUAAGUAUCUCUUUAUGUCCCAUUUCUUUCUUCGUUUCUAUCUAACACCUCGUCCUGUGGGAGCUGAAAGAAAUGUCAGUGCUUUCAGGGUGAUUUAGAGAACGGGAACAUGGCAGCUCCACAUCCAGGACAUUUUUUUCUCUCACUUAAGUGUGUAUUGCUCCAUCACUUGGGAGAUGGAGCUUAAAGGGCUGCAGAAAUUGCUUUGAAUUUUUCAGCUGAAAUAAAAUAGAAUAAAGACCAUAAACCUAUUUUAAAAUGUUGGACAAGAGGUUUUCAUUUUGCUUUUUCUCUAUUAAAAUUGUAUUGAAGAUCAAGCAAGUUGUUGUCUAUAUGUUUGCCGGAGCAGCAUUAUGAAAUGCUACCAGCAGGUUUCGUUUAAUCAAUCAGAAAUACUUUUUAAAGCAAAAAUAUACAUUUUGAAUAAAAGUGAACAUGCAGUUAUUAUUUAAAAAUGCGAUGGAACCAUUUUGAAACCUCUUUGAAUAUUAGAGCAGAUUUUGAUCAGCAGAACAGUGAUGCUCCCUGCCAGUACGACAGAUGGUAUGCUUGGGUCCACUUGCCAGAGGGAGUUUGGUGAGAGGUGGUGAUAAUCUCUUGCAGCAAUAAAAAAAAGUCACAUGGUUGAAUAAUGAGCUGCUGUCUUCUAUAGUCCACUGAUUGACUU